CUAGCAGUACUUUCAAAGCAAGCGUUGCAAACGGAGUUAGCCACGAUAAAUGACGUGCUUCCAUCACCAUAUUGGUCAGUGAAAGAAACGCCCGAUGUUACACAGAUCGAGGCUUCUUAUAAACUUAAAAACUACUUGAAAACGUGGCAAUUUCUCAAUUUGGUGGCAGCGAACGCGCACAAGCUAAAACACCAUCCCACAAUCACAACCACGUACAAUAAAAUUCAUAUUGCGCUCACUACGCAUGAUGUUGGAAACAAGGUAACAUAUUUGGACACAAAAUUGGCUACUGCAAUUCACAAUGUCUAUGCUCAAGAUUUUGUCCCCGAAUCC